UGUAGUGGAGAUGCAACCUUAUCGUGCCGAGGCGAGUCGAGGCGAAUAGAGGUGGUGGAAAUGCGCCAAAAGUCGUCUCAGUAAGCUAGCAAACCAAAGACCGUGAUGAAGUUAACCGAUGGUUUAUAUAUCAUUACAGCGUUUGAGGAGGAGUUAUGACAACUAUGGCUCAUCAAGGCAAAUUAUAAGGCACAUUCACAUGUCUUCAACCACUGUUUUCGAACACAGUGAUUCCCAAAGAUAGGGGUGAAACCCACAGAUGGGUCGCAGGAGAAAACUUUUGGGUCCCCAAACAAAUAUUUACCAAAUUUUAAGUUCAAUUUUUAUUCAAAAUACUGUAAUUAGGGUCACAGUUAAUUGGCAUGUUUAAAAGGUUCUUGUACCAUGGACAAUUCAGGGUGGAGUCAGAGAAUUUGAUGAAUGUCUUUCACCAUAUGCAUAAUUAUAAUGUAUGUAAUGUAUCAUGCCCAUAUUUUCUGGCAUUUAAUGGACCAAACACAUUUUCUCUGCAUCUUCUUGCUUCACCCAAUCUUAAGGGCAGUGUUCCUUUUAGUGGGAGUGGCCACACACACUGUUUAAACAGUGAACCUUGCCCCUACAUACUUUCAGUUGUGUUUAAAACUCAACUCAGCUCCAGCAUGUGAGUGAGUCGUCGUCGUCGUUGUCAGGGAAACUAUGGCUGAGUUUAAAUAUUCCCGUGUGGACUUCAUCCUGACAUGUUUGGGUCUGGCGUUCCUGUUGGUGGACAUAGCACUGGACAUUUUUGCAGUAGUGUCUUUCUACCAGGAAAAGGAAUAUGUGAGCCUGGGGAUCCUUCUCUUCUUCCUGCUGGGCUCGUCCGUGCUCAUCCAGGCCUUCAGCUGGCUCUUCUACAGCUAUGAGAAUCUGAAGAGGUUCACAAAGGUGGAGAAAAGUCUGAGCCCGUGUCAGCUCAGGCUCCUGCAUGUGUUCCAGCUGGGGAUCUAUAUCAGGCACGCGGGCGUCGUGGAGAUGUCCGUCUACAGCUUCUUCACGAAGGUCUGCGACCCGGAGGGAUUCGCGGUGUUCCUGAGCCACGACCUCAGCAUGCUGCGGCUGAUAGAGACGUUCUCGGAGAGCAGCCCUCAGCUCGUGCUCAUGCUAACCAUCAUCCUGCAGCGCGGCCAGCUCAACCCCGAGACAGUGCUGAAGGCCAUAGGGUCAGCUUUUGCUGUCGCCCUCAGUGUGACCAUGUACCACCGCUCCCUACGCUCCUUCCUGCCGGAUAAGCAGAACCAGGGGACAAAGUCAUCGAUGAUGUACUUCAUGUGGAAUCUGUUACUCAUCUCGUCUCGCCUCGUUGCCCUCGCACUCUUCGCCUCCGUGCUGCCCUGCUUCAUCUUCACCCACUUCCUUUGCUCGUGGUUGGUUUUGUUCUUCUUCGCCUGGCGAUGCAAGACGGAUUUCAUGGAGUCCACCGCUGGAGAGUGGCUCUUCAAAGGCACGGUGGGCCUCAUAUGGUACUUCACCUGGUUUAACGUGGUCGAGGGGGGGACGAGGAUCAGGACUACGCUCUACCACAGCUACAAACUGCUUGACAUUUUCCUUCUCUGCAGCCUGUGGUGCUGGAAGACGAGCACAGAAACAUCAAUCCUGUGUGCCAUCUGUGUUGUUGCCGUUUACAUCCUUGGUCUGGUUUUGAAAGUGAUAUACUAUAAAUUCUACCACCCAAACCUCACCAAAAAGGCGUUAACGGGGGUCACGACUGAUAAAUCCCAAACUGAAAAUGGUGAUGAGGUGGACUCUUCAGCGAUAAGACGCGGAGUCAUGUCAAGGACUUUUAUUGAGGAGGGACCUUUAGAAGACACAGGCGUCGCAGAACCCCCCAGCGCCGUACACUGCAAUAAAAGAAUGAGGAAGUUGGCCGCGAACUUCUACACCUGACCUGGAUGACUUGGAAGGUCACACAUGAUGUGUGGUUACAAAGACACGGAGUCACACGGGCAUCUGACAACAUGCCUGCGUAAUCUCCCUGAUCACAGGACACGACCUCCUCCCUGAUGAACCACAGAUACAGACUCGACUGACGUUCAUGUGGAGACACUUUAUCCUCUUAUGCACUUUCUAUGACAAGGUGCGACUGUGCACCCCUUUUCAAAAUCUAUAUUUAAUAUAAUUAAAACAAUACUUAAUCUA